UUGGUAGUGUAUCCGUCCAAAUGUAGUAGUUUUACCAAAAUAAACGGUGAAUUUUUCGUUUGACAUGCUAUCCUGUUUCCCAUUCAGUAUCUAAAACUUGUAAUAAUGUUACAGAAUGUGGAAGUAAAUAAAUUACCAUUAGUCAAAUUUUCAGAAAGGUACUAUUUGCAGUUUAGAAAUGACAUUUCAUCUUGUAUGAUUUCCGACAAAAUAUAAACACAAGUUCGGUCAUGGUCAUAUCGUCUAACAUAGUUGACGAACUUUAUGUGCUUGGCAUUGCAUGGUUCUUUAGAAAAGUGUCGUGGUUAGCCAGAAGUUUGACCUAAGUUUUUGAAUUAUGUGGAAGAAUAAAAAAAAUAAUUCUCUACAUAAAAUUUUGUCAUUCACCCAAUAAGAGUUUGUUUAAAAUUUGAAAUUUUAAUGGAAUAUAUGAAUUUACUUACAACUCAGUAUUUAAAUACUUAAGAAAAUAAGAUGCCUUUUAAAAUCAAGCUCAAGAAAAGCCGGCAGUACAAUGUUUCAUCUAAAAAUUUGUUUGUCUUGUCUGUGGAAUUGCUAGACAAUACCACUGUAGAAUGUACAUUGUCCUCUCAAAGUCUUGGACAAGAAUGCCUUAAUAAUGUUUGUCAAAGACUUGGCCUGCAGCAAUCUCAAUACUUUGGAUUAAGAUUUUUAUCAAAAAAAGGAACAUAUUGGUGGGUUGAUUUACAGAGACCUUUGAAAAAGCAGCUAGAUAAAUAUGCCUUAGAAAGUUGUAAUCUAUAUCUUGGAGUAAUGUUUUUCGUAGCUGAUGUAAAUAUUUUGCAUGAUGAAGUAACUAGGUAUCAUUAUUUUUUGCAGCUAAAAUCUGAUAUUCUGGAAGGGAAAUUGCAUUGCAAUGAAGAUCAAACUAUUUUGUUUGCUAGUUACAGUUUGCAAGCUGAAUUUGGUGAUCAUGAUCCUGAGCGCCAUACUACAGAAUACUUGACAAAUUUUGGACUUUUGCCAAAGCAAAUGGCUCAAGGGAAGGAAAAUCAAGAAGCUAUUCUUGAGCGGGUCAUUCUCAAUCAUCGCAGUUUGCAAGGGAUGUCACAGCAGCUUGCCGAAGUGUAUUAUAUAAUGGAAGCCCAACGUCUAAAUGGUUAUGGUCUUGAAUGCUUUGCUGCCAAAGAUCAUUCUGGUAAUGCUAUUAUUGUUGGAGUUUCAUUAAUGGGUAUUUAUAUCUGGUAUUUAAAUAAUCAGCCUUCUAUUUAUUUUCCCUGGGAUCAAAUAAUAAAUUUAGUUCAUCAGAAAAGAUGUUUUGGAAUUGAACAUCGCAAUAGUCCUAAAGUUCUACAAACAUAUUUGGAAGAUUCUCAUUUGGCUAAAUAUGUUUGGAAAACUUGUAUUCAGCAGCACUGUUUUUAUACAAAAAAUGAAGGUCUUGUAAGUUCAUCUUCAGAGCAGCAGUUUGAUACAAGGCAGCCAAAUAUUUUAAGUUCUGCUGCUUCUGUAAGCUCCAAGCCUAGUGGAAAUAAUAAACAGAAUGAACAAACUAACAGUAGGCCACAGGUUCCAAUGCAAGAAAGCCAGGAAUCAUUAGAUGGUCUAGGUAUUUAUCAUACAGAUAGUGGAUGUAGUGAAAUUAUGCCAUCAUCAAAUACUUACAGCCAAAUAUUGGAAGAAAAUCGCAAAGCUGACAGAGCCUCUCCUUCAGUUACAUCUUCUCAAUCUAAUAAUGUUUCAUCCCAUACAUCGAGUAGUACAUGCCUAUCAACUGUCACAAAUUCUUUACAGCCUGCUUAUUCUCAGCCACUGCCACAGGCUUGCAAUGCAGCUUGUAAUGACACGUCACAGUUGCGGCGAGUGUCACUAUCAGAUGUUUCAGUUCACCAGCACAGCCAUAUAAGCCUCCAAGAAACUAAAAGUCUUUUAGAAUCAAAACCAAUAUGUUCAGUUUUACCUAUGUAUCGCCAGGCACCAGAUUAUGAUACUGCAGUAAAGCUUAAAUAUGGAAUUCAAAGUUGCAGCACAAGUGACAUGUCAUCUAGUCAUUCAGUUCAGCCUCGCAUCAUUUCAAGUGGAAGUCAGGUUGAUGUCUCUCAUCUUUAUACAGAACAAAAUAUCACACCUGUUCAGUCGUACAGUCAGUAUAAACACUAUGCUGAUUUAUCUCAUUUGGACAUAAAUGAACUUAGUAAAAAUAUAAAUGUGGCUGAUUCUAAUGUUUUAAUCAGGAACCAAGAGCACUUUUCUGCACCUAAUUUACACCCACCUGUUCAUACGUACAGUUCACCAGAUUUAGCAUCCCAAGCAGUAGCUGGAGACUUUAGUGCAGAACGAAUCUUGAAUGCCCAUGUGAUGUAUCAAUUCAAACCUCCACCUCCAUAUCCAUACAAGCAGAGGUCAAGUUCAAGUACACCUGACCUUACAAGAAACAAUCCAGUGUUACCUCCCCCAUCUAGUCCUGAUGUUAUACUUCACAAGAAUGUGGGUUUUGGAUCCAAUCCUAUGUCUCAAAAUCAAAAUUUGAAUCCCAAAUUUCAAAUAGUUACCUCUUAUCCAGUAAAUUUCAACCAGCAAAAUUUAGCAGAAUCAAUUCGAGCUAAGCUUUAUGAACCAACAUCUGUUGGAUGUGCUAAAAUAGUCACUUCAAGUGCUGUUCCUCAUCAAACUAUUGCUUCCUCACACAAAGUUGGUACUCGAAACAGCUUACCUAUUCAUACAUAUCAAAAUUAUAAUCCUCAGCCAACCAUGAUUGAUAGUACUGUAAGCCAAUUGACUGAAUCAACACAUCAAGUAUCCACCAGUCAUGAAUCUGCAUAUAUUUCAAGCCGGUCUUCUCCUCCAAGAAGUUCAGUUCUCACCGAUGUGCAGGCUAAUUUUAUGUCUCCUAGAACUUUAGAAUUAACAAAAAAUGAUGAUGCACAAGCAAUGGGUCCUAUGCUUAUUGCUGCCAUGAAUGGACUUAGUCUGUCAAGACCAGAUAUGCUGAUUCCUCAUAUAGAAGAAACAAGAAUUCCAAAUGAUACUCGUAUUCAAGCACUUGAGAGUAGAUUAGCUGAAGGUCAAGUGUUUUUAGAAUUUGAACGUAUCAUCAAGAAAAAACCAAAUGCGGAUUUUAGCACAGCUAUUCUCCCAGAAAAUAUGUCAAGAAACCGUUUUAAAGAUGUUUUCCCAUAUGAAGAGAAUAGAGUGCGUCUUACCCCUACAACAGAAAAUAAAACUGGUUAUAUUAAUGCUUCUCACCUUAGUAUUUCUCUUGGUACUACUCAAAGGUUCUAUAUUGCAGCUCAAGGACCUCUUCCAAAUACAUUGUACAGUUUUUGGCAAAUGAUAUGGGAACAUCAUGUUUCUGUUAUAGUCAUGUUAACUGAGGUCCAGGAACAAGGCAGAGAUAAAUGUUUCCCAUACUGGCCACAAGAAGAUUUAAAUAAAUUGCAAAUAGGAGAAUUUCAGAUAGUAAGGAAUUUUAGUAUGUCUUCUUCAACAUAUGUAACAUGUUCAUUGUCUCUUUGUCACAUCACAUCCCACCAACGAAGGUCUGUGUGGCACAUCCAAUACACAGAUUGGCCAGAUCAUAGUUGUCCUCAAGAUGUUCGAGGUUUCAUUGCAUUUAUGGGUGAAGUAGAUGCAGUUCGACGACAUGCCACCGCCAAUCAAGGCUCAGUAGAAUCUACAUCACCUGUUGUAGUUCAUUGUAGUGCUGGAGUUGGACGUUCUGGUGCUGUCAUAUUGUGUGAUAUAAUGCUGCAUUUUUUGGAUCAUAAUCAACCCAUUGAUUUACCAAAAGUACUAACACAUCUUCGGCUGCAACGCAUGUUAACUGUACAGACAUUAGCACAGUACAAAUUUGUAUACAUUGUUCUCAUACAGUAUCUAAAGAAUUCUCGUCUUAUUUAAAGUGUAAUAUUAUAUUUUGGUCUUUUAGCCUUGUACAGACUGCUAACAUUUUUGUAAAUAUUGUAAAUCUUGAGCUUAUUUGUAUGGAAAGUUUCUGUGGUAGCUUGUGCCUUAGCGAACUGAAUAAAACACUGCUGUCUUUUUGCAGUAUAUAUUUUAAGUAAUUUAUUUUAAGAAAUUUUAAUGUGUUUAAAUUAUUUUAAAUUCAUGCUUGUCUUGUGAAAUAUUUUUGUUGCCAAAUGAAUUUUGAAUGCAUUUUUAAUGCCUUUACUGUUUUAAAUACUCCUUGUUAAUGUGAUUAAUUAAAAUAACUUCUCAAAUUGCAGCUAAUAAUAACAAAAUGUAGAGUAUUUUUUAAACUUAUUGUAAUAUUCUGAAAAUAAAAUUACUGUAUUUUAUUAAAUAAUUACAAAACUGAUAAAUAAAAAUACCUUGAUCUUUCAAAUUAUUUUUACUAUGCCAUUCAAAGAACUACUUGUAAUUAUUUAUGUAGUUUAAAAAAAUAUUGAAUGUUUAUUAUUAGUAGAUUAAGUGAAAAAACUAAUAAAUGAAACUGCUGCAAAAUACUCAAUUAUAUUAUUUUACUUGUACUUCGUUUCACUAUGUCAUCAAAAACAGUUCUGUUUACUUUUCUUACCCCUUUUUAGUAUUAUUUCAUGUGAGCUGUAAUUAAAGUUUUUUAAAUUGAUGAUAUAUUAUGAUUUUUAAGGAAUAAUAGUCAUGUCAUUUGGGAAAAAAAGUGAUUAUUGCUGUCAUAGUAGCUGAGAAUUAAUCAUUUUUUAUAUUGUGAAAUAUUUAUAUUCUUGUUGAUAAAUAAGUAAUAGUUCCAUUCUUAAAAGUAAUAAGAUAUUUGAAAUUAAGCAAAACUGCUGUAUUGUUGAUAAAUUUUCAAAGUUUUGAAAAUAGUUUUGUAAUGCAAAUUAUGCAUUCUCAGCUUUUGAAAUGUAUUUAAUAAAACCUGAAUGUCUAGAAAAAUAAAUUAUUUAUUCUUUAAAUUAA